AAAACAAUGCUUGCAAACUUGGCAGCACUUUUUCCAAAUGCCAUCCAUUUUAAAAUGUCAAAUUAACCGCUCAAAACAAGACAAAAAAAGCACUCAAAAGUUUGUAAUUUAAUUUUAUUAUGUCUUCCUUUAACGACACCAUAAAAUUACUAAAAGAAAAACUAGACGACCUUCAGCGUGAUACACAAUUUUGUGUCAACAACUACGAUUAUCAUCACAAAAAUAAUGAAUAUGAUAUUAUACAAGAUCUUCAUUGCAUACUCAAGGAUUCCCUUGUGGACGGUCAAGAAUUUCUUAGUUACAUGGAAAAUAUACACUCCUCCGUUGAAACAGCCCGCAAGAAGUGUUCUGAUAUUGAUGUAUUAUUAGUUGAUUUAGGAGUUGACAUUGAGAUAUCCGAAGAAGCAGAUAAUUAUCCUACGGGUAGUCGUAGUUUUUAUGAGGAGCAAGAAACUAGUAAAGGAAUUAUUUAGAUUAACAGUAAACUUUACAUUUACCGUUAAAAUUCAAAAUUUAAGUGGCAUCACUACUAAAUGACAUACGUACUCUCUCAGUCUUUUUAUAUAAAUUGAUUCCAAUAUCGGACUAAACAAAUUUCAUUUUACACUGGAAACUUACACGUUUGCCUGAACGUACUGGUGAGUACUCAUGUAUAUAUUUUUUUUAACGAGUACAUAUUUUGUAUGUACGUCUUACGGCAUGAAUGUAUGUAUAUAUUUCCAGACUUUAAUUAUAAUAAAAAUAGAUGUGGAUGGUUGUAAAAUGUGUGUGCAUGUGG